CAACACUCUUGCAUUUUAACUUGUAUCUCCAAAAGUGCGUGCUCAAGUCAAAAAAAAGUUAGGGUUCGGCUCUCUCACGAAUUUCACCCUGAAAAACAUCCGAUUGCUCGACUAUGCAAACCGUUGUUCCUGCGAAUCGGAGGAGGGCUGCAAUGGAAGAGGAGAUAAUAACGUUUGAGACCUCUGAGGGCGUUGAGCCUAUCUCAACAUUUGAACAGAUGGGAGUUAAGGACGCCGUAUUGAGAGGUAUAUACGCCUACGGCUUUGAGAAGCCUUCUGCAAUACAGCAGAGGGCCGUUCUGCCCAUCUUAUCACGACGUGACGUAAUAGCCCAGGCUCAAUCUGGGACGGGCAAAACCUCGAUGAUUGCGCUGACUGUCUGCCAAUUGGUAGACACCAAAUCCUCAGAGGUUCAAGUAUUAAUACUUUCACCUACAAGGGAGCUUGCAUCACAAACCGAGAAGGUGAUAUUAGCUAUUGGUGAUCACAUAAACAUUCAGGUACAUGCAUGUGUUGGAGGCAAAAGUGUAGGUGAGGACAUCAGAAAGUUAGAACAUGGUGUACAUGUUGUUUCCGGGACUCCUGGAAGAGUAUGUGACAUGAUCAAAAGAAGAACUUUACGGACUAGAGCAAUAAAUCUAUUGAUUUUGGAUGAAUCUGAUGAAAUGUUGAGCCGCGGUUUCAAGGAUCAGAUUCAUGAUGUUUAUAGAUAUCUUCCAGAAGAGCUUCAGGUUGUAUUGAUUUCUGCCACACUUCCAAAUGAGAUUCUUGAGGUAACAAGCAAGUUUAUGACAGAUCCUGUUCGUAUACUCGUAAAACGUGACGAGUUGACACUAGAGGGCAUCAAACAGUUUUUUGUUGCUGUUGAGAAAGAAGAGUGGAAAUUUGAUACAUUGUGUGAUCUUUAUGAUACCCUAACCAUCACCCAAGCUGUAAUCUUCUGCAACACAAAACGGAAGGUGGAUUGGUUGACCAGCAAGAUGCGUGAGAAUAACUUCACAGUGUCUUCUAUGCAUGGAGAUAUGCCUCAAAAGGAACGGGAUGCUAUAAUGGCAGAGUUUAGGUCAGGCACAACUCGAGUCCUCAUUACAACAGACGUUUGGGCUAGAGGGCUGGAUGUUCAACAGGUUUCCUUGGUUAUUAACUAUGACCUUCCAAACAAUCGAGAACUCUACAUCCACCGCAUUGGUCGUUCUGGUCGUUUUGGUCGCAAGGGUGUUGCGAUAAAUUUUGUAAAAACUGAUGAUAUCAAAAUUCUGAGAGAUAUGGAGCAAUAUUACAGUACACAAAUUGAUGAAAUGCCGAUGAAUGUGGCUGAUCUGAUCUGACUCCCUCCUCCCCGCGCCAGAUUGGUUUAUAUUAUGCACAACCGUAGUUGCUUGUUGUUGGGGUUUGGUUGUUACGAUUAAUUUUUUUAAAGACAAAUUUAGAAGCUGUAUGUAUGCUGGUGAUUAAACUUUAGCGUAGGGUUUAAUUAAUGUCGAGUGUGAUAUUAGACCUUACUGCUGCUCCGCACAAUCAUGUUGCUUGCUGCUUUUUAUGAUUUCACAUUUUCACGUGCCUGAUUUGAAAGUUGUUCGUCAAUUCAG